AUGUCAUCCUCCACACCUCCCAUCACCACCCCCGAGCCACCUUCUCAACUCUCCUCACUCGCUUCUACCCUCGACGCAUCAGGUUCGGACAUCCCUUCAUUCCUAAACAACCUACUCUCCCCUUACCUUCCUCCACCACUCCCACCUCCCAAUCCCGCUCAGCCUCCAGACCUAGCACCGAUAGACAAAUCGCUGAACGAGCUUCUCACUCAAUUAUCUUUAUUAUCGCAAGAUACCAAUUCGGCCGUCGAACAGUCCAUACAUGAUGUAUCGAGGACCGUACCCAGACUAGCCUAUGAUCUGCAAUUCAUGAGAGAAUCCGCGAAUGGCCUGUCAUCUAGUCUGGGAAUGGUCCAGGAUAGGUUUGCAAGGCAGAUUGAUCUGUCUUCCGGUGUGGGGAAACAUAAAGAUGACUUGAUACCCCAUGGGAAUGGGGUUGGAGAAGUAAAUAAGACGAAUAAGAGUUUGGAAAAAUUGACUCAUCUGGACAAGUUGAAAACCCGUUUGGAAUCAGCUAGAGAUAUACUCAGAGAAGCUGAAUCGUGGUCAACACUGGAAAGUGAAUUGUUGGGAUUUAUCCAAAAUCAGAAUUGGCUUAAAGCUGGUAACCGUCUUCAAGAAGCAUCAAGAUCAAUGAUCGUAUUUCAAAAUACACCAACGGAAUAUGAAGAUCGUAAGAGACUGCUGGUCAGUUUACAAAACGAAUUAGAAAAUAAUUUAUCAAAAGCUUUGAAAGAUAGUUUGGAUAAAGCGGAAAUUGAACAAAUCGAAAUUUUCCAUCAGGUAUUCAAGUUGAUUGACAGAGAAGAAGAAUUUAGAAAUUAUUAUUUUGGUUCGAAAUCUGUUGAUUUACUCAAACAGUGGAAAGACGUCAAAUUGGUGGAACUUUCACCUACACAAACGUCGACUCGGGUUCUAGGUACCGACGGUACUUCGACAGAGGAGGGAUCAAUCAAAUUUUCGGAUUUCUUACCUAAAUUCUAUUCAUCGCUCCUUACCAUACUUAACACCGAAGUCGAACAGAUACCGUUGAUCUUCUCACCUCACACGGCGGCUUCGACUUUGGCUACCUUUGUUCAAACUACUUUUGACGCUUUAGAUCCAUCCCCUUCAGCUAGAUUAUCAGCCAUCAGCGAGUUUCACGGUCCGGAAGCUCUACCUGAACUCAUAUGGUCCUAUAAAUCUACAGAGGAAUUGGGAGUGGCCAUACAGAGUUUGAUAGAUAGGAUGACAUUCAAUACUCAGGGUGGAAUGUUGAGUGGUGGUGAUCAAAUGUCUACUUCACCUUCCAACACAAUAACGGAUAGACCUCCUUCUGCUGGAAUACCUGCCGUUUCACCUUCGGCAUCAACGAUGACUCGAAGUUCAUCCAAGAGAAUGUCAAUAUCCCGUAGAUUCUCUAGAGCACCGACAAUCUCGGGUCCACAGCCCGUUGAUAACUCCUGGGAGAACACGCUGUAUGAGCCUUUCUUGGAUCUUCAAUCUACCUAUGCUACAUUGGAGAGAAGGUAUUUGGAACAUAUAAUACGGACCGAUCCUUCUCUGUCUUCAUUCGGUGCAUCUUCCAGUAGGAGCUCAAGCAAAGAUAUAGCAAAGACGUUGAUCGAUCGAGUGAAUUUGCUAUUUACGAGAUCUGAAGAAUCUAUCACUAGAUGUAAAGAAUUCACACAUGGUUAUGGAUCUUUGGGGCUUUUAUCAGCUUUAGAAGCGGGUCUAUCAACUUUCUUAUCUGAUCAACAGAAAUCGUCGGGCGGAAAUCAGAAAUUAAGAAAUGGAGGAGGAUCAAACGAUGAUUUGGACUUUGAAUUCGAAGGGUUAGAUUCGUACUCCACGGAAGAUUGGUCGAGUUUUCAACUGGGUUUGCAUAUCUUGGAAUCGUGCAAGGAGGUCUCUACCAAGUUAAAUCAAUUUGAAGAUAAAUUGGAAGAAUACCUUGUGCAUGACGUUGGAACAGUGCUGAAGGCCACUCAAGGGGAAGGAUACGACGUCAGAUCGACCACAUAUGGAUCGAUUAGCUUGUUACAGCAAUCUACCUUGAAUUCAAUCGAUUUACAUACACUGAUCAACACUCGACCUAUCCCCAAACCCAUCUUACCCAUCACGUUUAGAUCGAUGAACGAUCUGAUCAAAUCCUCGCAAAUCAAUUUACAAUCCAUCAUCCUUUCUCCCUUGAUCAACCAACUUGAGACAUACCCCCAUUUACAAGUUUGGACCAAACCUGAUAAACCCACUAGGAAGGGCGAACUACACGUACCUACCUUCAGUCUCAGUCCGACUGAUGUGAUCAGUAGAGUUUCUGAAGGUCUAUUGGAUCUGUUAAGGGUAUUUGAGAUAUAUAGUAAAGAAGUUGGUUUAAGGUUUGGAUUGGAUACUUUACCUUUUGUCGAAUAUACCGUGUAUCACGGGAUUGACCUAGAUGGACAGAAAGGAAAAGAAGAUAUACCUUCGGAGAUUAUCUUGUCCACCUGGAUAUCAUCCCUUUCACUCAACCUCUUAUCUCAUCUGACUUCCACGACAUUACCUUCGAUAAGGGGAUUGACCGCCGGAGGGGUCAAUCAGCUGAAGACAGAUUUGAAUUACCUGAGUAAUGCGGUGGGAGCGUUGGAUGUGGUAUGGGAUGAUCUUGGUAAAUGGGAGAAGGCGGUUGAGCUCGAUGAGAAUGGGUGGAGGAAGGAGAUGAGGGAGUUGAGAGGUACCGAAGGAUUAGGUGAGGAAGGUGAGAGGGAGAGGGAUAUCGUUAGGAGCGUCGGGAGGAUGAGAGGAUGGGUGUGA